UCAAUGGCGAAGGAUGCAGUUACUGUGUUGAACUUUCACCGUGUUUGCUGCAUCAUCUCGGUGUUCUGUGUGUGGUCAUUUAUCUCAUUCAUUUACUGGCGCCAUUACUAUGGUCCAGGCUACUCUCUAUACCAAAAAAUGGAGCUGAAGCAAAACCAAAUCAAUGACCUCCUUGCAUUCCCUUCUGCAUGGAAUCAGCUUGCUUUUUCCUCAAAACCGCCUCCGAAGCUUCUUAAAAUUGCUCUGUUUGUCAGGAAAUGGCCUCAUAGAUCUGAAGCAGGAGGGCUUGAAAGGCAUGCCUUGACCCUCCACCUUGCACUUGCCAAAAAGGGUCAUGAGCUUCACAUCUUUACCACUUCUUCUUCAAAUUCCUCCUUCCCAAGGUACCCAAUAAGCAAUUUGUAUUUUCACCUCUCAAAACCAACUGCUGCUGGGUAUCUGGACCAAGCUCUGGUUUGGAAGCUGUUUCAAACUCAAAACUCAACAGGAAGGCCUUUUGAUGUGAUCCACACUGAAAGUGUCGGCCUCUUGCAUACUCUAUCGCGUAACCAGACAAACCUGGCUGUUACUUGGCAUGGGAUUGCAUAUGAGACUAUCCAUUCUGACAUCAUACAAGAACUUUUGCGCAGCCCCGAAGAACCACAGGGAUCUGCAUUGACUGAAAAAAUCAUGAAAGUUAUUGAAGAGGUGAGGUUUUUCCCCAGUUAUGCUCACCAUGUUGCUACCAGUGACCAUGUUGGAGAUGUACUCAAGAGGAUUUACAUGCUCCCGGAUGAUCGUGUUCACAUUAUUCUUAAUGGCGUCGAUGAGGAUAUUUUCAAGCCAGACAUUGCCAAGGGGAAUGACUUCAAGAAAAAAUUUGGGGUACCUGAAUCCAGGACGCUGGUUUUGGGAAUGUCUGGAAGGUUGGUAAAGGACAAAGGGCACCCCUUGAUGUUUGAGGCUUUGAAACAAAUGUUCAAGGAAAAUGAAGCAUUUCGGCAAAGUAUUGUGGUUCUGGUUGCUGGUAAUGGUCCUUGGGGUGCUAGGUACAGAGAUCUUGGAACUAAUGUACUUGUUUUGGGCCCACUGGAACGAGCUCAGCUUGCUGAGUUCUAUAACGCAGUUGAUAUUUUUGCGAACCCGACUCUACGCGCUCAGGGAUUGGAUCAAACUUCGUUAGAAGCAAUGCUCUCCGGGAAGCCAGUAAUGGCAACAAGGGUUGCCAGCAUUACAGGUUCUGUGGUUGUUGGCACAGAAGUGGGAUAUACAUUUUCACCAACAAUAACUUCACUAAAGACGACCCUCUAUAGAGUUUGGAAAGAUGGCAGAGGAGACUUAAAGCAGAAAGGCCAGGCAGCAAGGCAGAGAGGUUUGCAAUUGUUCACUGCUACCAAAAUGGCUGCUGCUUAUGAAAGGCUUUUCCUUUGCAUAUCCAAUGAUGAGAACAGAGGGGACAACUAUUGUCAAUAUCAGAUUCCAUGACACUAAGGCCCAGUUUGGGAUUGCUGUCACUUUUUAAAAAAGUUGAUUCUGCUGUAUUU